AUGUCCGACUCGAGCUUAAGUGAGAGACCGUCUCUGGAAAGCUUGCGCUCUCAUGCCUCCUCGAACUCGGUUCAAUCGCAACCGGACACGCUGCCUCCGGCCGUCACCGGUCGUUUGGCGUGGGAGGGCAGUGAACUCGCACCCGAAGAAUAUGUUGUGGAGCUAGAGACGGAUGAGAUUGAGAAUAUCAGGGCAGCCGUCAUUUCCUUCAAAUUGCUUGGGUUGCCUCGGAGUCGUAUCGACAAAGAGACAUUCCCAUUACAGUUGGGGCUGGUCAACAAACUGGCCUCUUUAAGCAAAGAAAUCCACAAUGGUCGAGGGGUGGUUGUAGUCCGAGGCUUGCAUGCGGCGGGAUUCAACGACGAAGAAGCUGUGAUUGCUUUCGCUGGAGUAUCUUCUCAUGUCUGUCCCGAGAGGGCGACAGACUCUUUCGCCGAUCAGACUCUGAGUCACAUUCGCGACGCCACCCAGGACAAAGUUCCCGACUGGGCACGGGAGCUCGGCCUAGCAGGAUCAAAGCUCCCAACAGCAAUGGAGUUCCAUGCCGACCGAUUCUCCGGAGACGUACUAGCAUUAUAUGUACGGAACGAUGGCUCUAGUGUCGGCGGCGGUGAACAAUUCAUCGCAAGCUUCUGUCGAAUAUACAACGAGCUCCUGGAUGUGGCGCCAGAUGCGUUGGAGACUCUUGCGGCACCAAAUUGGCCUUUCGAGUUGAAACAUCCUGUCCAUAAGCAGCCUUACCUCGAGCUUGGGCCAGCAAUGUUCCUAGCAGGAGGCAAGCCGAUUUGUCAGCUUGUGAAAGCACCAUUGCUCGGAAGUCCAAAGAUCCCGAGGUCAAAGUCUAUGCCGCCACUUUCCAUAGAUCAGAUUUACGCGCUGGAGGUUGUCGAGGGUCUAGCUCGCCGCUUUGGCACGAAGCUCGAUCGGCGAAACGGAGACAUUCAAUUCAUCCAUAAUCUGAGCAUCAUGCAUGCUCGUUCGGCUUAUGGAACUAAGCCAUCCCAGGGCAGAAGUGGAAGACACCUUUUGCGAAUGUUUCUCAGGGACCCCAAAAACGCGUGGAGUAAGCCUUACGGAUAUCUUCCAAAAUUCGAGGACCCAUUCGCGAUAGGCCGAGAACAGAAUCUUCCAAUCCUCGACAUGGAUCCCUGGCGGAAGAUCACAGGUCGUGAGAGUCACGGCUAA